CGAACCGUUGAACCAAACCACCCAAACCCGAUUCUUAUUAUUUUCUCUCUGUUUCUCGGGAAAACACUCGUCGUCAAGUCGAGAAUUUCAAAACUCACAUCAUCAUCAUCAUCAUCAUCAUCAUCAUCAUCAUCAUCAUCAAUCGUGUUCUUAUACUCCUUUGAAUUUGUGUUUUUGGAGUCGGAGAUCUCAAAGAUGAUGAAGAAGCAGCUCCUGUGUUUUCUCCCAUACCUGCUUCUCUCCCUCUUGAGUGAAGCACGAUUCGUGGUGGAGAAGAAUAGUUUAUCUGUGACUUCGCCGGAGAGUAUAAAAGGAACUCACGAUAGUGCGAUUGGUAACUUCGGGAUUCCUCAGUACGGUGGAAGUAUGGCUGGUACGGUGGUUUACCCUAAAGAGAAUCAGAAAUCGUGUAAAGAGUUUAGCGAUUUCUCGAUUUCGUUUAAGUCUCAGCCUGGUGCUUUGCCUAUUUUUCUCUUGGUUGAUCGUGGAGAUUGUUUUUUUGCUUUGAAAGUCUGGAAUGCACAGAAAGCGGGUGCUUCUGCUGUUCUUGUGGCAGAUAAUGUUGAUGAACCUUUGAUUACCAUGGAUACACCUGAAGAGGAUGUUUCGUCUGCAAAAUACAUUGAGAAUAUCACCAUACCUUCUGCUCUUGUUACCAAAGGUUUUGGUGAAAAGCUUAAGAAAGCGAUUAGUGGAGGGGAUAUGGUCAACUUGAAUCUUGACUGGAGAGAAGCUGUUCCGCACCCUGAUGACCGUGUUGAGUAUGAAUUGUGGACCAACAGCAAUGAUGAAUGUGGGGUAAAGUGCGACAUGUUGAUGGAAUUUGUAAAAGAUUUCAAGGGUGCGGCUCAAAUUCUCGAGAAAGGCGGUUUCACACAGUUUAGACCUCACUACAUCACCUGGUACUGCCCUCAUGCUUUCACUUUGAGCCGUCAGUGCAAGUCUCAGUGUAUCAACAAAGGAAGAUACUGCGCUCCUGAUCCAGAACAGGACUUCAGCUCAGGAUACGAUGGAAAAGACGUUGUUGUUGAAAAUUUGAGACAGCUUUGUGUUUACAAGGUGGCGAAUGAAACGGGGAAACCCUGGGUCUGGUGGGAUUAUGUCACUGAUUUCCAGAUCAGAUGUCCCAUGAAGGAGAAGAAAUAUAACAAAGAUUGUGCUGAUUCUGUUAUCAAAUCCCUUGGAAUUGAUAGUAAAAAACUUGACAAGUGUAUGGGAGAUCCUGAUGCUGACAUGGACAAUCCGGUUCUAAAGGAAGAACAAGAUGCUCAAGUUGGCAAGGGUUCAAGGGGUGAUGUUACCAUAUUGCCUACCUUGGUUGUCAACAACAGACAGUACCGAGGCAAGUUGGAAAGGAGUGCAGUACUCAAGGCUUUAUGCUCUGGUUUUGAGGAGACUACUGAACCAGCUAUAUGUCUCAGCACAGAGGUGGAGUCAAACGAGUGCUUAGAUAACAAUGGCGGUUGUUGGCAAGAUAAAUCAGCCAACAUAACUGCUUGCAAGGAUACAUUUCGCGGAAGGGUAUGUGAGUGUCCUACAGUUGAUGGUGUGCGAUUCAAAGGGGAUGGUUACAGCCACUGUGAACCAAGCGGGCCCGGGAGAUGCACAAUCAACAAUGGAGGUUGUUGGCAUGAAGAGAGAGAUGGCCAUGCGUUCUCUGCUUGUGUUGACAAGGACAUUGUUAAGUGCCAGUGUCCUCCAGGAUUCAAAGGAGAUGGUAUUAAGAAGUGUGAAGACAUUAAUGAGUGCAAAGAGAAGAAAGCUUGUCAGUGCCCGGAAUGUAGUUGCAAGAACACCUGGGGAAGCUAUGAGUGCUCUUGUAGCGGAGGCCUUCUCUACAUCAGAGAUCAUGACACUUGCAUCAGCAAGACAGGUGCACAAGUGAAAUCAGCGUGGGCGGCCGUCUGGCUUAUAAUGUUAUCAUUAGGACUUGCAGCUGGUGGGGCGUAUCUCGUUUACAAAUAUAGGUUACGGCAAUACAUGGACUCAGAGAUCAGAGCCAUAAUGGCACAGUACAUGCCACUUGACAGCCAACCCGAGAUCCCAAACCACGUGAAUGAUGAACGCGCCUGAGAGAAUCUAUUUAUUCCCGGGUAAGGACCCAAGGUGACACGCUCUUUUGAUUGAUGUGGCCCUUAACGCCGGUGGUUUUUCGCCUCUGUAUCUUUGUAACUUUUUUACCAAACAGUGUAUUUUGCAUACAAAUGAGGUUCUAGUGACUUCGUUCACUUGUGUCCAUGGGACUUUUUUAAUAGGAAUAACUCUGAUGUAGCUUCUUAGAACUAGAGACAAGAGAGAGUGAAUAGUUUUUAAAGUUCAUGUUGUCCAAUUUCACAUUUUACGUUGUCCAAUAGAGAUACAAAAUUGUUGUUGUUGGUUUGAAUGUGAUUGUGAUCUUACAAUCAA